AUGGAAAAACAAAUAAUUUCGGACAUUCAUAGUGAGGGUCAUUUUGGACUAUGCAAAACCAUGCACGCCAUAAAACAACGGUAUUUUAUACCGCAUUUAGAGCGAAAAGUGAAACUGAUUCUCAACAGCUGUGUGAAGUGUAUCAUCCACAAUAAGAAGUUAGGACGAAAGGAAGGGUUCCUGCACCCCAUUGACAAGGGAGAUCAGCCACUGCAAACCCUUCACCUCGAUCAUGUAGGGCCGAUGGACGCUACGGGAAAGCAGUACAAAUACGUUUUGACUGUAGUGGAUGGUUUUUCCAAGUUCGUCUGGUUGUACCCGACAAAAACGACUGGAGCGGAGGAAACGUUGAGGAAGCUGGAAUGCUGGUCGAUAAUUUUUGGCUAUCCGGCUCGUAUCGUAACCGAUAGGGGCUCAGCUUUCACAGCCAACGCAUUUGGUGAGUACGCUAAUCGCCAUGGUAUACAGCACGUCGUUUGUACAACAGGAGUGCCGAGGGGCAACGGUCAAGCGGAGAGAGUGAACCGCACCAUGUUAUCGGUUUUGACGAAGUUGUCAUCGGAAGAUCCUGGAAAGUGGUUCAAGGUGGUACCUUCUGUGCAGCGAUUAACUCUCAUAUUCACGUAG